AUGAAAAAUGCCUCUUUUUGGGGAACAAUCUGGCAGUUUUGGUCGAUUGUUAUCAUAAAAGCGUGUGGCCGUGGAUUCUACAAGUCGUCGUCUCAGGACCUGCAGUGUUCCCGCUGUCCCGCCCACAGCUUCAACGACCGCGAGGGCUCCUGGAGGUGCGACUGCGAGGACGGCUACUACCGAGCGCUGUCCGACCCACCGUCUGUGGCGUGCACCCAGCUGACUGGGCUCGUGCUCUCGGAGGGCGUGCCGCUGCAGCUCGCACAGAAGCUAACAAGUCCCUUCAAAAUAAACAUCACUGCUGUGGGUGCGAUCACUGCUGUGGGUGCGAUCACUGCUGUGGGUGCGAUCACUGCUGUGGGUGAGAUCACUGCUGUGGGUGCGAUCACUGCUGUGGGUGCGAUCACUGCUGUGGGUGAGAUCACUGCUGUGGGUGAGAUCACUGCUGUGGGUGCGAUCACUGCUGUGGGUGAGAUCACUGCUGUGGGUGCGAUCACUGCUGUGGGUGAGAUCACUGCUGUGGGUGCGAUCACUGCUGUGGGUGAGAUCACUGCUGUGGGUGAGAUCACUGCUGUGGGUGCGAUCACUGCUGUGGGUGAGAUCACUGCUGUGGGUGAGAUCACUGCUGUGGGUGCGAUCACUGCUGUGGGUGCGAUCACUGCUGUGGGUGCGAUCACUGCUGUGGGUGCGAUCACUGCUGUGGGUGAGAUCACUGCUGUGGGUGCGAUCACUGCUGUGGGUGAGAUCACUGCUGUGGGUGAGAUCACUGCUGUGGGUGAGAUCACUGCUGUGGGUGCGAUCACUGCUGUGGGUGCGAUCACUGCUGUGGGUGCGAUCACUGCUGUGGGUGAGAUCACUGCUGUGGGUGAGAUCACUGCUGUGGCUGUGGGUGAGAUCACUGCUGUGGGUGAGAUCACUGCUGUGGGUGAGAUCACUGCUGUGGGUGAGAUCACUGCUGUGGGUGAGAUCACUGCUGUGGGUGAGAUCACUGCUGUGGGUGCGAUCACUGCUGUGGGUGAGAUCACUGCUGUGGGUGAGAUCACUGCUGUGGGUGAGAUCACUGCUGUGGGUGAGAUCACUGCUGUGGGUGCGAUCACUGCUGUGGGUGAGAUCACUGCUGUGGGUGAGAUCACUGCUGUGGGUGAGAUCACUGCUGUGGGUGAGAUCACUGCUGUGGCCUUAGAUUCAGAGCUGGGAGCAGUGGACUCAGGAGGGUUGGCAGAAAGCAGAGCGCUGACAGCUCGAGAAGCGGCCAUCAAUCACACAACAGCUGUGAGCGGCUGCAGGCUCCGGCCCCGGCUCCGGCCCUGA